AUGGAUGUCAUAUGCUUACCAGAUUUGCCAAAGACACCUCCGUCUGAAGAGGAGAGCAAGGAAUGCCGUCAGCAUGCUUUGCUGGCAUUUGUGAUUAAAGUGCCUCUGUCUUCUUUCAGAUCACCAGCAGGAUCCACUUUAAUGUCUGAAAGUUGGCAAGCACAGCUGACCUGUCCAGUUCACCUAGUUUUCUCCAGGGUCAUUUAUCUUGCAUGUUCACACAUUUUCUGCUUUAAUUGCAUUGAAAAUUGGAUGAUAUGGGAAGUAGAGCAACCUGUCAUGGAAGAAUGGCAGGUAGGAGCCCUCACAUUUCUCCUCCUGCAGCAUGACAUGUCUCUGAAACAGACUUUGCACCAGAGCACUGAGGGACUAAAGUCCUGGGAAAACAGGAGUCUGGAUAUCACCUCUGUGACCUCCCUCUCUAUGCUGUCCAGUGAUCUAAAGAGCGUCUGUGUCUGGAUCUUUGGCAUGAAGGCAGGGGCAAUCCAUCUCUGGCCAUCUCUCCCAGAAUGACUUCCUGCAAGCCCUAGUUUUCCCUGUGUGGGAAUUUUCCUGGAUUUGGAUAGGGAAGAAAUCAAGUUUUUUGAUGUUGAAAGUGCUGCCCUCAUCUAUAAACACAUGACAGUAGCCAGCUGUGUGUCUCAGCAGCUGUGCCUGGGGGAUAAGGGAAGAAACCUUUUUAUUUACUCACGUACAACCAAUGGCAAGGUUUUGUAA